UGAGUAGAUGCAAGGAGCCUGGAAGGGCAGCAAGGUGGGAAGGGACGGGCCCGAAAAAUGCUCAUCUUCAGCACCGAGCAAAUCUCCGAAUUAUGGACUUGUCCUUGCGUAUGCCCUUUUUAUCCUGACACAGUCCGGUGAUGCGAUCACUCGUGGACACAUUGAAGGUGCAAGGUGAUGAAAACUGGGGAUGGGAAUGACAACCCACGGGCUAGAGCGGCACCAUCCAGGCAACUUGCGUGAUAAGAAAAUCUCCGAGGAGUUUCGUUAUCCGACCAGUCCACCUAGUGAUAGGCCAGGCCGGUUCAUGCAAUAUACUAGGUCGAUUCGAGUCAUGAAGGAAGACUGGAUUAGUCCCGACCACAGUCGCGGCAUAGUUAGUUAUCUAACCAUCCUUAUUAAUGAGGGCGAGAUGCUGGGUGAUCCGGAUGUUUCCUGCAAUCAAUUUGCAAGUCGGGGCCGCGCGGUACAAGGACGAGUAACCAUUAGUAUUACUGUCGACCCCAUUAAUAAUGUUCGACAGUGUCGAUCUGUUUCUUUCGUAGGCAUCCUAGUACUAUCUUUCGACUUUUCCGACAACACACCGCGAGAUGCUAACCAAGGCCCAUCUCGCCCAAUGAUUGUGUGGGCAGAGGAGGGGAUCCCGGAAAGUUAAGAGAACCCCCCCAUACACAACGAAGACUCACCACCGGUGGGUUAAUGAGGAUCACGAACAAUGAACCUCGGAUGAACAGGGUAAAUGUG